UUGAUUCUUCUUUGUACCGUACAAGCAAUUCCAAUUGACAACGGAAUUGUUGGAGAACCUGAAAUAGGAUGUGGACCUACAGCAAUUACUGUCUCCUUUAAUCUUCAGAAUCCUUUUCAAGGUAAUGUUUAUGUAAAAAGCUUAUUUGAUCAACCAGAAUGUAAAGUUUCUGGUAAUAAUGGGAAAAAUGCGAUUAUCACAUUACCAUUUGACGGAUGCAAUACGCAACGAACUCGGUCCCUUAAUCCAAAAGGAAUUUUUGUAUCAACUUCCGUCGUAGUCUCCUUCCAUCCACAGUUCGUUACCAAAGUAGACAGAGCUUAUCGCGUCCAGUGCUUCUACAUGGAAUCUGAAAAAACCGUACAAACAAAUGUUGAUGUUGCUGACUUAACAACUGUAUUCCAUUCCUCAAACGUGCCAAUGCCAGUGUGCCGAUAUGAAAUUCUCGACGGCGGACCAGAAGGAGGCCCAGUACAUUAUGCAGUCAUUGGUCAACAGGUUUACCAUAAAUGGACUUGUGAUACCGAAACCAUUAACACAUUUUGCGCAAUUGUUCAUUCCUGCUACGUAAACGACGGAAACAAUAAUCGGAUAGAAAUUUUGGACGAUAAUGGUUGCGCCGUAGACAAAUACCUACUAAAUAACUUGGAGUACCCGACAGACCUUAUGGCCGGUCAGGAGUCGCAUGUUUACAAAUAUGCCGACAGAGCGCAGCUUUACUACCAGUGUCAAAUUUCCAUCUCGGUAAAGGAACCUAAUGAACAAUGUCCAAGACCUGUGUGUGCUGAACCAAAAGGAUUUGGCUCGUCGAAAUCAUCUGGUUCAAAUAACGUUAUUACUGCAAGUUCCACAGAUGAAAAAACUGAAAGCGGAGCAGAAGGGUCUGAAACUCAUUCCCCGAAAGUAAAGCAAACAGUAAGAGCAAGAACUCAGCGACCAAAUCUUUGGCCUAGCUUUACAGUUACACCUGAAUCAGAAGCAGAGACAGAAGAACCAAACCCUCCCGUAACUGAGACGGAAAUUGUCGAUUCCGGAUACGGUAGAUGGCGUCGUUCAGCAGAUCAUAACGUGAUUGAUGUUGGAACAGAUCUCGAAACUCUCGAUAUUAUUCAAUCUGCAAUGAUUUUACCAGAUGAGCUACGUUCUCAAAAGCCUGGUUACAGUGUUGAAGUCAGACAUGAAUUCUGCAUUACACCUUUGCAAGUGUCAUUAUUCUUUGCCGCAUCUAUUCCUUGUUUAAUAAUUGUUGCUAUUGUUGCAUGUUAUGUUUUCAAACACUAAAC